UUCACGCUGUUUCUGUGGUUAAAUGCGACAUUUAAAGCCCGUUUCGACCCUGCCGCUCCACUGCACGUUAUCUAUGUUGCGUUUAUGGCGACAUAAGUCCCAGGGAAUCAAACAGCGACAUUCAACAGCGACUUGGUGAUGGAGUGACACAUUUAUGGCUUAUUUCAUUUAGUCCAACACUGAUCUAACAUUUGGAAAGGGAGACUGGAAUAAGCGUAAGGCGCACAGCUCCAUACUGAAGUGUUUAAGUUAGUCUGAGGGGAAAUUUAAAAGACCUAAAAAUACAGCGUUGGUUUCUUCCCCUACAAAGAAUCAUUUGAACUUCCCACCGCAGAGCAGAGAGCGACAUAAAUAGUUUCUGACAUGUGGAUGUAAUUUCAGAAGAAGGGGGGGAAAAAAAGAGACAGAUGCAGAGAAAUAAAGAGAGGGAGAGAGAGCUGAGUUGAGCCGGGCAUAUAGUGAGAUUAUAGGAAAUUAAAUCGAGGGCAGAGCGAGGCGAUUACCGAGUUAUGAUUUCACAGGCAGCCGUAAGCAUCGCGAGGCCAGAUGGAGUAAGAAAAAACACAAGUCGCUCCACUUUGAAGAGAGUUAAGUAGCUUAAAUCAUUUCAUCUGAGCAUCAUCAGCGUCUGUUUUGAGGACUCUGAGAGGUAGAGCCGCCUCAGGUCCGGGAUGGGAUCCGCUCUGCUACUGUACAACCUGGACUUUCUGCUCAUCUCACUAUUCAGCACUUUGUGCCUGGUCAAUGCAGAUGAUGUUCUGACGAAAGAGGAACAGAUUGGCCUGUUGUUCAGAGCCAAACAGAAGUGUGAGGAAAACAUCAAAUCCAAGCACUUAAUACAUGAUGGUUCCUGCUCACCAGAAUGGGACGGGAUUGUUUGUUGGCCCGAAGGAGCUCCAGGAAAACUUGUAUCCACUGCGUGUCCAGAGUAUAUCUAUGACUUCAACCACAAAGGACUCGCAUACCGUCGGUGUGACAACAAUGGAACGUGGGAGCAGGCUACGACCAACAAGACGUGGGCCAAUUAUAACGAAUGUGCGAAAUUCCUCUACCAUUACAACCACAGCCAUGAAAAGGAGGUCUUUCACCGCCUCUACCUCAUCUACACUGUGGGCUACUCAAUCUCUCUGGGAUCACUCAUGGUGGCUGUGGUCAUCCUGGGAUAUUUCCGACGAUUACACUGCACCAGGAACUACAUCCACAUGCACCUUUUUGUGUCCUACAUGCUCAGAGCUAUCAGCAUUUUUGUGAAAGAUAUCGUGCUCUACUCUGGAUCAGCCUUGGAAAACAUGGAAAGAGUCACAGUGGAAGACCUCAAGUCCAUCACCGAGGCACCGCCAGCCAACAAAACACAGUUUAUUGGCUGCAAAGUGGUUGUUACCUUGUUCAUGUACUUCUUGGCAACCAAUUACUACUGGAUCCUUGUAGAGGGACUUUACCUCCACAGCCUCAUCUUCAUGACCUUCUUCUCAGAUAGAAAGUAUCUUUGGGGAUUCACUCUGAUUGGAUGGGGAGUACCAGCCAUAUUUGUGACAGUUUGGGCGACUGUGAGAGCGACGUUUGCAGACACAGAGUGUUGGGACUUAAGUGCGGGCAAUUUGAAAUGGAUUUAUCAAGUGCCUAUCCUGGCGGCCGUUGUGGUCAAUUUUAUGUUAUUUCUGAACAUAAUCAGAGUGUUGGCAACCAAGCUGCGAGAAACAAAUGCUGGAAGGUGCGACACAAGACAACAGUACAGGAAACUCCUGAAGUCUACGUUGGUGCUGAUGCCGCUCUUCGGCGUGCACUACAUCAUAUUCAACGCCAUGCCGUACACAGAGGUGUCUGGAGUUCCCUGGCUCAUCCAGAUGCACUAUGAGAUGCUGUUUAACUCUUUCCAGGGAUUCUUGGUGGCAAUUAUAUACUGCUUUUGCAAUGGAGAGGUGCAAGCCGAGAUCAAAAAGUCGUGGAGCAGGAGGACUCUGGCUCUGGACUUUAAGAGAAAAGCUCGGAGCGGAAGUAACACAUACAGCUAUGGACCCAUGGUGUCGCACACCAGUGUUACUAAUGUCACUGCCAGAGGACCGCACGCCCUCCACCUCACCACCAGGCUCGGUCCCGUGCCUGUGAACGGACACAGGAAUCUCCCCGGGUACGUAAAGAACGGCUCGGUCUCUGAGAACUCCAUACCUUCGUCGGGACAGGAGCUCCACCUGCCCGACGAGGAGCAUUCUGCAGCCACGAGGCCUUGCGAGGACGAGAAACCCUCCCCUGUGGUGGAGGAGGAGAGGGAGACAGUCAUGUGACCUGUAAGAAAUGGGAAAAAAAAACAUGAAACUGUCCUUUGCGGAUAGCUUCAUCGUUAACACUGCCAGUUUUUCCUCCUGUGAAGCGAGCAAAAGCAUUGCAGAGGGAUGAGGCCUGUGUCACAAAAAAAGGGUGUAUCUCUUAAAUGAGCCUGGUUGCCUUUAUUUGAGGGAGGGUGUCCCUCAUUUUUGUGGCAAAUUCCCUCAACUCUUUCACCAACCGCCUGCCACAUCGAAUGUGUAAUAAGACAAAAACCGACUGACACUUCUUAUGUCUUUUCCACUGCCAGAACAGUUGUUUUCUUGUUUUUGGAUUGCAUUUAUAUGUGCUCAGCUUCAUGCUUAAAUCUAACCGGGGUUUGUUACAGCGGUCGCCAUGAGCGGCCUUAAUCACCUAAAAGCCAGGUGAAUGUCUGAGUGCACUUAGAGACA